AUGAUUGGAAGAGAGACAGGUUACGGAACAAAGGCUAUUGGUAAGAAGUACACUGAGUCAUACAGGGUCUAUGUAACUGAGAAUGGGAAGGCAAUUUCACCAGUACAUGACAUAAAACUCAAGGAUGGUGAUCUAUUCAAUGCCGUGAAUGAGAUACCGCGAUUUGAAAAUGCCAAGUUUGAAAUAUCAAAGGCAGAUUCAUUCAAUCCAAUUAAACAGGACGUGAAGAAAGGAAAUGUGCGAUUUGUGGCGAACAUGUUUCCAGCAAAAGGAUACAUCGGAAACUACGGUGCAUUUCCAGAGACGUACGAGGAUCCUGAGAAGGAAGACGUCAUUUGCAAGGCAAAGGGUGAUAAUGAUCCAUUGGAUUUGGUUGAGGUUGGACAGAGAAUCAAGGGCAUCGGUGAAGUCUACAAGUGCAAAAUACUGGGGUGUUUAGCCAUGAUUGAUGACAAUGAGGCUGACUGGAAGGUGAUCGUGGUUGAUUCAAGGGAUCCAUUGGCAGAAAAAUGCAAUGACAUCGAGGAUCUGAGAAGAGAGUCACCUGGGUUACUUGAAACACUUUAUGAGUGGUUUAGGGACUACAAGAAGCCAGAUGGAAAGGGAGAAAACAGGUUUGGACUGAAUGGGGAAUACAGAGGAGCAGAAUUCGCAAGAGAAAUAGUGGAGAAGGCACAUGCUAGCUACAAUGAACUAAUUAAGAGCAAAACAAACAAAAUGAGUAUGAAGAGCAGGAAGAAUGGAGACGAGAUUGUUUUGGAUAAAAUUGAGGAAGACGCAGCAGUGGUGCCUGAAAGUGUAGGAGGGUAUUUCUACAGAAAAUAA